UGGGCUGACGGACAGGACGACCGACACAUCUUCUGGCUGAGCGGGCUGGCGGGGACGGGCAAGUCGACCAUCUCGCGGACGGUGGCUCGCGAAUAUCACCAACAGCAGCGUCUCGGCGCUAGCUUCUUCUUCUCGCGCGGCGGCGGCGACGUAGGACACGCCGGCACCUUUGCUACGAGCAUCGCGUUCCAGCUUGCGCACAACGUGCCAGCAUCGCGCCAGCACAUCCGCAGUGCCGUCAAGGAGCGCAGCGACAUUACCAACCAGUCUCUGCGCGACCAGUGGCGCCACCUUGUGCUCGACCCGCUAUCGAAACUGGAAGGAUCGCUGUCGUACGUCCUGAUUGUCGAUGCGCUCGACGAGUGCGACGAUGAGAGCGACAUCCAGAUCAUUGUGCAGCUGCUAGGCGAAGCUCGGUCGCUGGAGAGAGUGCGGCUGCGGGUGUUCCUGACGAGCAGGCCCGAGGUGCCCAUUCGACACGGCUUCUUCCAGAUACCAAACGCGGAGCACCAGGACUUUCUACUGCACAACAUAUCGCCGUCCAUCGUGGACAACGACAUAAGCCUUUUCCUGCAACAUUAUCUCCGCAUCGUUGGGCAGGAACGUAGCUUGGACGUCGACUGGCCUGGGCCAGAGACUAUUGAGCAGCUGGUCCGUCGUGCAUGCGGCCUGUUUAUCUGGGCGGCAACUGCGUGGCGAUUCAUCCGCGAUGGGAAGAAGUUCGCAGCUAGGAGGAUGGAGACGAUCCUUGCAAGCAACAGCAGCACUGCCGCAGCUCCAGAGAAGCAUCUCAACGAGAUCUAUGUCACUGUGCUCAACAACUCGGUUGACACCAACUACACAGACGAAGAGAGAGCAGAGCACUAUAAGACGUUAAGGUACAUUCUCGGAAGCGUGGUGAUCGCGUUCUCUUCUCUCCCGGUUGAUGCUUGGAGCAAGCUACUCCAUGUCUCGAAACAGGACGUCGGCCAGACACUAGAGGACCUGUACGCCAUUUUGGAUAUCCCAAAAGAUCCGACGCGAUCCGUCCGCACCCACCACCCGUCGUUCCGCGACUUCCUGCUCAACAAAGACCGAUGUGGCGAUGCUUUCUGGGUCGACGAGAAGCAGGCGCAUGCAGCGUUGGCAGGCCAUUGCAUACAGCUAAUGUCGAGCGCUCUCAAGCAAGACAUCUGUGGCGUAGAUACUCCUGGCAUGCUUGUAGCCGAGAUAGAGAGACGCAAAGUAGAGCAAAGCCUCCCUCCCGAACUACAGUAUGCAUGUCUGUACUGGGUCCAACACGUUCAGAAGAGCGGGACGCAGCUACGGGACAACGACCAAGUGCACCAAUUCUUGCAGGAGCAUAUCCUCCACUGGCUAGAGGCGCUCGGGUGGAUGGGGAAAGUGUCCGAAGGAGUGUAUGCCAUCGCAUCUUUGGAGUCGUCUGUGGCUGUAAGUUCCAGUGACGGCCCUUCUCUCUCAGCUUUCGCCCACGACGCGAAGCGGUUCGUUCUCUACCACCGGGCAGCGAUUGAGCAGGCGCCUCUGCAGACGUAUAGCGGGCUUGUGUUCGCACCAACAGCAAGCACAGUAAGGAAGAGGUUCCAAGGCAGCAUACCUCGAUGGAUUCGAGGAGUGCCAAAAGUGGAGGAGGAAUGGAACGCGCUGCGGCAGACGCUCGAGGGCCAUGGGGACUCGGUCACCGCAGUGGCCUUCUCGCCGGACGGCGCGACACUGGCCUCAGCAUCGCACGACAAGACGGUCAAGCUGUGGGAGGCCAAGACGGGAGCGCUGCGGCAGACGCUCGAGGGCCAUGGGGACUUGGUCACCGCAACGGUCAAGUUGUGGGAGGCCAGGACGGGGGCGCUGCGGCAGACGCUCGUGGGCCAUGGGGACUGGGUCAGGGCAGUAGCCUUCUCGCCGGACGGCAUGACACUGGCCUCGGCAUCAGACGACAAGACGGUCAAGCUGUGGGAGGCCAGGACGGGGGCGCUGCGGCAGACGCUCGAGGGCCAUGGGGACUAUGUCGCUGCAAUAGCCUUCUCGCCGGACGGCACGACACUAGCCUCGGCAUCGCACGACGAGACGGUCAAGCUGUGGGAGGCCAAGACGGGAGCGCUGCGGCAGACGUUUGAUAUCCACGCUGUUGUCUAUACCCUGUCUUUCUCUGAGGACGGUACGCUUCUCCAGACAAACCGUGGGUCUCUGCCUAUACCAACAGAGCUUCUUCCACCUGAUACAGCCACGAAUCGUCUCCCUCUUUCCCCCUCUGUUUUUGUCAAGGACCAGUGGGUGCACCAACAUACUAAGCGUAUCCUUUGGCUUCCUCCCGAUCAUCGGUCAUCCUGCAUUGCUGUUCAUGAGGGCAUUGUUGGUUUUGGGUACAUGUCUGGGAGAGUAAUGCUGAUAGAGUUCGCUUUUUGA